AUGUCGACAGCACUUCAACAACUCCAGCAACAUUUCAACCCUCUCGAAGUCUUAAACAAGUACACUUCACGGAUUUUCUACCAGAUCAAGCGUACAGUUAGGAAAAUUAUCGUCGGAAUUACUCUUUUUGCAUUGUAUGAACCCGUACGUUUUUGCACAAUCUGCGGGAGAACGGUUAUAGGGGGUGAACGGUUUUCAGUAGCCAAACUCUUGGGUUUCUUGGCGAUGAGUUUGAUUUGUGAUGGUUUCUCUUCACAACAGAACCACACAGUUCAGAAUUCUAGAGUCAAUAAG